AUUUCGAGAAAAAAGUCAAAACGUCAAGACGUCGUAUUACAUCCCACAGGCCAUGAAAUUAAGUGAGGAAAGUGACCACUACCUGCCAGAGUGUGAACAUUAAUGAAGAGAGAAGGUAAGUGAAGUGUUCAUGUUGUAUUGUUGACUGAUAGCCACACGCGGUAUGUAAAUCUUGAGUACAAUGCUAUUCCUCCGCUCAUAAUCUCCCACAUAAAAAGUGACAAGCAGCCAAAAUCUACUGGCCAAGCUAGCUAAAAUUGCAAGAUGCUAUCACAGACGGUACACUUUGUUUUUAUUAGUUGUCAUCAUCUUAAACUAAUUGCUUAUGUUAACAUCCUGUGACUCUUUUAGAUCUGUUUAAAGGACCAUACUCUGGAAGAGAACCGCUUCUCUGAAACUGACAAAAAUGGCAAUCACCGUGACAGAUUUCCUACGUGAUCGGGGGGUUCCAGAAGAAGCACUCACACUAAUCGAGGAGCAAAAGAUCGACAGGGAUGUCAUCUUGCUUAUGGACGAUUCAGCUUUGGCUAACUACAUUCCCUCAUAUGGAGACAGAAUUGCUCUUUUUAAUUUUUGCAAAAAUCAGAAACCUGUCUCAAAGCGAAAAAUGGGCCUUUUUUAAAAGCUCAGAGAAAAAAUGAAACUAAGAAAGGAAACCAAACAAAGUGAAGAGGAGCCUAAAACCUCUAAAUCCAACUCUAGACGAAGAGUCAUUAGACGGACUGUUGAGAUAGGUUGGAUACACCAAGACAAUACUGAAAUCAAACAGGUUAGAGCAAAGCAAGGAGGAGGGACCAGAAAAGUUGUUAUGAACAUCAGUGGUGGAUAUAAUGACAUCCUGAAAGAAGGGAAAAGUCUUUUUUUCCCAAAUGGUGUUUCAAGUAAAGGCCAUGAAUCAGACUUCACAUUUGAUGUUUGGGAUUUUCAGCAAAAUUCCUUAUCUGGUGACAUCUCAAUUGGCACAAUAUAUGACACCAUCAAACUUCCCAUGCUGCGUUUCUACAUUGCCACAAAGCAACAAUCAGUUGUAGAUGUUUCUUCUACUGAAUCAGAACACACUGAUGUUAAUUCUAACUUUGAUGGCCAGGAUGACAUUAUUGAAUUUUCUGACAGCCAGUCCUUUUCUUCGGCACCCAAUUACUCAGAUAAUGAUCAGGACAGUCCUCAUCAGCAAGUUGCCUCUGACCAGUCAAUUGUUACAAAUCAGCCAGUCACCACAGAUCCCAUGGUGGCUUCAGAGGUCCAUUUUAUCUUACCAGAGAUAUUAUCAGAUGAUGCAGUUGUUCUUCACGACUAUGUAACACUGGGAGAAAAUCCACAUAAUAUCUCUGACCCAGAAAUUACAUUUGGCCCAAAUCCAGAAGAUGAUUUUGAUAAUGCUGACACACUGAUUUAUCAGCCUGAAACACCUGACCAUUCACCUCAAACAAAAAUGCUAACCAUACACCACGCAAAUUGUUUCAAUGAUAUGAUUGAAGCAUUUUCUGACCCAGACACUCUGACUACACAACUGACAGUGAGGCGACUACUUCCAGAUAAUUCUGAGGAAGCUGGUAGUGGCUCAGGGGUACUCAGAGAUAUCUUUAGUGCCUUUUGGCAAGAAUUCUAUGAUCGUUGCACUCUUGGUACAUCGGUGAAAGUGCCCUUCAUCAGACAUGAUUUCAAGGCUGACACCUGGAAAGCUAUUGGCAGAAUUUUCUUGAGAGGAUACCAAGAUUGCCACUACCUUCCCAUCAAGCUUGCAUCCCCUUUUGUUGAGGAGAUGUUAUUUGGAGUAGUGUACAGUGACCUGACAGAAGUCUUUCUUCAGUUUGUAAGCUGCCAGGAGCGAGAGAUCCUCAGACAGGCUUUACAGGACUUCUCUUCCAUUGAAGCUGAUGACCUUCUUGAGGUCCUUGACAACUAUGAGUGCAGAAGAAGAGCCUCAGCAGAAAAUCUACAAUCAAUUUUGAUUGAAAUUUCACACAAAGAACUUGUGCAAAAGCCAAUGUUUGUAAUUGAUUGUUGGAGGGAUAUUGCAAAACCACAAAUCAGUCUGCAUUAUGAGAAGCUAAGGAAGAUGUACGAUGACCUUAAACCCACAUCUAAAAAGGUGACAAGGCUGUUAAAGUUUCCAGGUGAUAUGACAGCAAAGCAAAAAGAGGUUGAGCAUCAUCUCAAAAGGUAUAUCAGAGAACUCAAUGAAGAAAAACUAGGGAAGUUUCUGAGAUUCUGCACAGGUUCUGAUUUGAUUGUGUCAGACAGUGUCACUGUGGAGUUUACAGUAAUGUCUGAUUUUACAAGACGUCCAAUAGGACGAACAUGUGGCAUGUUCCUACAGCUACCUGAUAGCUACGAAAAUUUCCCUGACUUUCGUGCUGAAUUCAACGAAAUUCUUGAAAGCAACAUUUGGGUGAUGGAUAUUGUGUAGCAUUAUUAUGUGGCCCCUUAGCCAUAAUUCUGGCUAUGCUGUUGCCAGGCUAAUAAGUUUAAAAUGGUGAAAAAGAUCACAGCCUUAGUUAACCGAUAGAAACACCUACAACUGUUUAUUUCCUUUUCUUAGGUGUACUUUGUCUUCAAGUCUCAUCUGUUCUGUCCGGUUAUACUAGUGGCCUAUACUGGACUUUUUUGAUAUCUGUUUUUACAGGGCCACUUCAAGUACAUUUCUCACAAGCUGGGUUCUAAGCUAUCAGCAACUGCAUAUCUGUUUUAAAAGGUGCUGAAUUGGAAAUGACAUGUCUUUGUGUGUAGAUGUUAUUACAAAAUUGUAAUAAGUGAUUCAUAUAAAAUAAAUGUAAAUAACAGACAGUUAGGACCUUAUUGAUACUUUUCAAAUCUUCACUGACAAAAUAUUGUUGGAUUGAAUCUGCACUUGAUAUGGUAGGUGAGCAUCAUAUUUUAUUUAAAGUUAUUGUAAAAUAAAACCAACAUGUGCAGACUCUUGUGAAUAGACACGUUUACAUCUGUUCUAAGCAGCUACAGCAAGCUAAUGUGAAUACCAAUUACAUCCUCCAAGGGAUUCCUAUGCUUUUCAAUUGGCUAAUCAAUAUUUGUGAAUGUGCACAUGUAAGAUUUCCUGUUCAUGUGACAUUUCCCAUUGUUACAUCUUCAGGGUUUUAUGUUGCUUAGUAUGUUCAUAAUUUAGACAAUGUAUUUUUUCUUCAUAUAGUCACUGAACUGCAUUGAACUGCUGCUGCAAAAAUGUAUUUCAGUUUUGUGCCUUAGGAUAUGGUUUCCCAAGUACACACAGGACAACUGUGAUGAAGCCACAAGUUUUACAUGAUUGAUCUGUAACUGCACAAAUCAUAUUAAUUCUGGGAGUAUGCCAUGCUAUUUUUUUUUAAUUUUUUUUGUCAUUUUAAAGUAAUGGAAAUUGUUAUUUCUUUUUAUGUUAUCUUAAUUUUCUUUACAAAUGCACCAAAGAAUGUUCAUAAUUUGAUGUUUUUAAAAGUGCACCAGUUUCAUUUCUGUAUGAUCUGUUUAACAAUCAGUUAAGUUAAUAAUCAAGACUUAAUAGCUAGUUGAUAGCACAAAAAGUUAGUGAAAUAAAGAGUUUUCUAUUUAAAGAUUUUGUGUCUAGUGACUGGCACCUGAGUAAUUUUGCAGGAAAUUAAGUGCACAUUGCAUCCUCUACAAUACAAUCUUUUAAUACUCCAGCAUGUUGUGCCAUUGUUACAGACAAUAUUCUUGUAGACUGUUAUGGUAACCUUCAUGUUGAGUCAGUCCUUGACAGUUUAACACAAAUUAAAUUGAAGAAUAAAAGCAUAAUUA